ACUGGGCACCAGUUUAUUCCUCGCGUGGAAGGAACGCAGAAAAAUAUUUUCUUCCAACUUCUCAAAUCUCUCAUAAACCAUUUUAAGUUCACGACGCUUUUUUCUAAAGAAGUGCUGUAUAUUUCUGUAUCGUAAACUAAAAAUAAUUAGACAUUUUUUUUCCAGACGAAGUAGAACGCUUGAAUCUAUUGCAUCUUUUAAGCGUUUGAAUUGUAAUUAUUUUCUGUUGUAAAUUUAAAGUGCUUCAUUGACAUCGAGCUCACUCCACGUCAAAAUUGUCUUCAUAUACAUUUGUACUCGACAAGCCGGUAUUUACAUCAUGGACGGAGGAAUUUUGGAGCCGUCUUUAUAUUCAGUGAAAGCCAUUGCCAUCCUGGACAAUGAUGGGAACAGAUUAAUAACAAAAUACUAUGAUGAUCAGUUUCCAACUGCCAAAGAACAGAAGCAGUUCGAAAAGAAUCUGUUUGGGAAAACACACAAAGCAAAUUCUGAAAUCAUCAUGUUUGAGGGUCUCACUUGUGUGUACAAAAGUAAUGUGGAUUUGUUCUUCUAUGUUGUUGGUAGUUCACAGGAAAAUGAGCUGAUACUGGCCAGUGUGUUAAAUGCUUUGUAUGACUCUAUUAACCAAAUUCUCCGAAAAAAUGUUGAGAAACGAUCCCUCCUGGAAAACCUUGAUGCAGCAUUCCUUGUAGUAGAUGAAAUCUGUGAUGGGGGAAUUCUUUUAGAUUCUGAUUCCUCAUCCAUAGUCCAAAAAGUAUCCAUAAGAAAUGACGACGCCCCCCUCGGUGAACAAACAGUAGCCCAGGUUCUGCAGAGUGCAAAAGAACAGAUUAAAUGGUCACUACUGAAAUGAGGCAACACCACAUCAUCAUGUGAUCAAGUCAUGUGAAUUUCUUCUCAUUUUGGUGUAAACAGUAUACUGAAAGGAUUGCCAUUUGUUAUAAAAGAAACUCUCAUUUGGAUAGGGGGAUAUUGAAGUUUUAAUUGACUUAAUUUGAUCAUGAAUCUGAAAAAUUAAAAGAAAAAAAUGCUACUAUCUCAGACAUUGACUCAGAUUUAAAACUUCAAUACACUGAAAGUGAAAGUAAGAUUCUAUUCAGUGAAAGUGAAAGUAUGAUUCUAUUCAGUGAAAGUAUGAUUCUAUUCUGUAUUUGUUUUUAUUACUUUGAAGUAGCAUCUCAGAGUAUGAAAAAAAUGUCUCCUUUAUAGCAGAUGAUUGAUUAAUCUUGUUUUUAUGUUUAUAACCAAUAGUAUGAAUAGUAUUUCGGAUUUUCAGAGUCAAAAGAGGACCGCAAUAUAUCUGUUUCUUUUCAGAGUUUCUGCGAUUGAUAUAAAAUAAUAAUCACGUGAAAUGUAUCCAACCUACAAAACGAUAAACUUGAAACAAGAAAUGCAAAUAACCUAUAUUUCUAGAAAGGAUAUUGCACUAUGCAUAUCCAAAAUAACAACAACAAAAUCUAGACAAAUGGGCAUUGUCUAGCUACAAGGACAGAAAUUAUGUAAAACAUAUUACGAAGAGUUUUUACUUUUCAUUUGGUUUAUGAGUGCAAGGUGAUCUAAAAAACUACAGAGUGUAGUUUAAAAGGAGACAGCAUGGUAGAAAAAAUAGAUGUGUGGGAGAAAUGUGAUGUAUUUAUGGGAUAUAUGUAAUGAUAUUUAAAUAAAUCAGUAAAACAAUUCAAA